AUUACAUAUGUUUUCGCAAAUGCGCAAGACUUUGUAAACAAACUGGUUGCGAAAUGGAAAGAGAAACAAAUAAAGAUGUCAGACCUGUUUGAUAAGACUGUGGGACGGAAGUGUUCCUAGUGAAGGAGAUGGAGGACCGGCCGCCGCUCGGAGGACACCCGGACUGGAUGUCCCGUCUCCCGGAGGAGCUGCUGGACGUCCCGCUGUGGAACCUGGCGAUCCCCGGCAGCCAUGACAGCAUGUCUUUCUGUCUGGAUGUGUCCUCUCCGGUGCUCGGGUCCGAGCCCCGUCUCCUCAGGCUCACCGACCGGCUGUUUCCCUGCUGGACCCGGCCUUGUGUUUACCGCUGGGCCACCGCACAGGAAUCCGUCCUCAGGGAUCAGUGUGAUCUUGGUAUCCGGUUCUUUGACCUGCGGAUCGCCAAGAAACCAACAGGGGUCCAGAAACUGUUCUUCGCCCACGGCAUCUACACACUGAUGACUGUCAAGGAGGCGGUGGAGGAACUGGACGUGUGGCUGGACGCUCAUCCUAACGAGGUCGUCAUCGUCUCCUGCUCACACUUUGAAUCUCUGACUGAUGAAGACCACGAACAUCUGGUGGAGUUCUUCCUCUCGCUCUUCAACAGGAAGCUUUUCCCCCCACAGGACGUCCCCACUCUGCGUUCCUGUUGGUCUCGAGGCGGGCAGGUGAUUGUCGCCUAUGACAACCAGCAGAUGGUGCAGCAGCAUCCUGAGCUGUGGACUGGGAUACCUUACUGGUACGCCGACAGCCCGGACCCUAAGAAGGUGAUCGAUUAUCUGGAGGCAAAGAAACGCCAAGAAAGACCAGCUCGUUUUUACGUCUGCGGUCUGAACCUGACCGAAGACGCUCGUUACGUCAUCCUCCAUCCCCACCAGAAUUUGAAGACCAUGACGAUGAAGGCGCUCUCACCGCUGCUCCGUUGGACCCGUGAGCAACGGCCGGGGCCUGAAGUGGGUGGAGUCAACAUCGUGUGCUGUGACUUCGUGGGCGUCGGACAGUUCUGCUCCAUAGUGAUUGACCUGAACUAUAAGCUGAUGGGCGGAGCCUCAACUCUUACUGCCGCUAUGACGUCACGAACAUCUACAGACUUUGCUUGAUUGCAGUUUUCUUUUCUUCUUGUUUAAAUAAAGGCAAAAUGGAAAAUCUGUAAGUGAAAAAUGGGCUCCAGCCUCACCGCUUCCACAAGAUCUGAGGGUCAGGAGCUGCUGACCAAAUCCAUUGAUUAACUGAUCAUCAUCAGGGAAACCGCCUCGAGAAAAC